GAAGAACAAGACACUUAACGAUUGACAAGAUGGUGCAGUUUCCCAAAAGCGUCUACUUGGCUCUCCUAAUCACUCUUACUACAGUUAACCUUAUGCUUCCUGAAAAUCUCUAUGUAAACGGUGAUAAAACUUGCUAUGUUGAUCCGGUAAAUACAAAUCUCCCAUGUGAAGGUGCAGUUCCGUUGGGGCAAAUUUGUAUACCCACGUGUAUUAAGCAAUUUGGACCAGGUUCAUCUGGAACAUGUUCAUGGGAUACUCCUGACAAACAUUGUCGUUGUUAUUAUGUAGCACCUACAUGCCCUUAAUUUAUCUUUACAAGCAAUUGUAAUAAUGUACUCACAU